AUGAAGAAAGCUAAUGCAAAGCAAGACCAGACUCUGAUGAGAACUUGUGCUACUGUUAUGAAGUCCAAGUUCAAUGUUGGUGAGUUGGCGCUGUCUUGUGCCAGGAGUAAGAGAGUGCGUUUUUGCUUUCCAGAACGACUGCACAGUGGUGGCAGUCGUUCGCAGCGGUGUAAUGUGGGCGGGUGUGGCCGGGAGUACAAGACUCGCUCCCAGUUAAUACGCCAUGCGGCCCAGGCCCACGGGGUGGCCCUCCGAGCUGGCUCUCCACGGCCCAUCAUGAAAACUCGAGCGGCCAUCAUGGUCCACUCCAGCCUGCAGAUACGCGUGAUGCGGCGGCUGUGUCACGACCUGAUCCAGCCCAGGAAGGCGGGCCGCAACCCCACCUGGCCCUUGAACCCUGCCGUUAUCCGGCAGGAGUGUUUGCUGCGCAUGGGUGGGAAAACCUUUGAUGAUUAUGCUUACCUGGUGAAGCGAGGGACGGGGCGGCGACGUGGCCAAGUGUCUCAGGUGUCAGUCCGCUUAGGUCAGAAGAGCGCGGCUUGUCCAGCCUGGAUGCUCCCCACCGACAAGUCGCUUCUCCCCAAACAGCCCCACAUUGAAUUCCCUAAACCUCCCAAGGGACCAGAUGGAAGUCUCAUCUACACACCUGUGCCCAACAAAGACCUGCCAGUGGUCAACAACACUUCCCCUCCUCUUAUGAGACGCCGCACCUAUGAAGAAAUCAAUGGCAUGGAUGAGAGCGAAUUGGAAGAAGGACUUCCUCCAACCAAACGGCAGAAAGAGAUGGAGGGCAGCGACUCAAUACACCUGGGCCAGCUGGGGGUGGUGCCUCCUCCAGGAUUGACAGUCACUCCAGUGGGUGUCAAUGGGGGUCCAGGGGUACCCACACCUCCCUUGGGAGCCCCCAACACCCCAAGCCGGGCCAAAAUAGCCACAGUGUCUCGCGUGGGGGGCCGUCCACGUAUCAUCUCAUGGAUGGACGCCCCUGAUGAUGUAUACUUCUACGCCACUGACACCACCAAGAAACUGCGUAAAAGCCUUGCCACCAAUGACCUGAAGCGGGCAGCGCGUCGGCCCUGGAAAAAGAUCCAGGAAGAUUCAGCCAUGGUGGCAGCAGCAGCAAUGGCAAUGGCAGUGGCUGCCCCAACAGUAGCCAGCCCUCAUUUUGUUGAAUGAUGCCAGAAGACUGAGACCUCCACCCCCCUGUCCCCCCCAAGGUGCCCUGAGCCCACCAGCUGAGCCCUGCCUCCUUGAUGGCUGGCAGGGGGGUGCCUGGGCCUCCCCAGCAGGAUGAGGCUCCUGGGAGCUUCACUACCUGGAUUGAGAGACUGAGUGGUGACAGGCUAAUGAGGAGCCCGGGCACUUGUUUGGUGGGACUCUAUGAUGGAAGAAUCAAAGUUCAAAACCCUCUUAUAAGUGUUAUGAGAGACAGUGUGUGCUGGAGGCUCAGAGGCUCCAGCAGGAUGAAGGAUCUUUAGACUAGUGAGCUUGGCUGGCCCACAGGACCCAGCUGGCUGCCCCUGAGCGGGUGGCCACAGACAUGAUCUGAAUACACUGCCGCAGGUUGUCGAGGGCGAGGAGCGCUAGCAGCGGCCAGGUGGACCAAGGGUGAAAAGCACACGAGUUUAUUUAUAGAAUCUUUGAAGCAACUCUUAAACUAAGUGCUUUUUAGUGAAACUGUUGAAAAGGUGAAUUGUGUAAGUAAUGCUGGUUGAAGUGUAUUUAACAGUUGAGAGUUGUACAGAAAUGGUAAAGGUCCGUGUCUCCCAUGACAAUGAAGGUGUGGGAGAGAGAGAGAAUGCUUGCAGGAGAGGUGAGGGCUAGCCUUGGUGCCGGCGCUGGUCACUGACCCCCCUCACCACCACCCAAAGUUCAAAGUGAAGUAACAUCUAGAACAACAGCAACAGCAAAAAAGCAACAGCAUAAACCUAAAGAGUCAGCACCCAGACUAUUUUUUAUCCAGACUUUGUGUAAAUAUGGUUGCCGCAUGUUCAUCCAGAAAUUUUCAGUGAUUCGUAGUGAUAUUAGCCAUAAUUUGUGUACUUUGUAUUCUGUCCAACUCCAAGAUUUUCCGCACCAAUUAAAAAUUUCUGUUCUGGAUUUUUUUUUUUUUUUUUUUUUUUUUUUUUUUAAUAUAUAUAUCUUUGGAGUGUGUUCCCAUCCAUUAUCAUCCCAACCAUUGCCCCAUCAAGACCUGUUCUUAAAAAUGCCGAGGAACUUGUGCCCCCAGCAGAGAGGUUCUUUUCAGGUUCCAGCGAACCUUGCAAAAAGAAAACGCAUCCUCUCAUCACAUCUCUGUUCGUUUCAUUUUUAUCAUCUGUACUCCUUUUGCAUCAUCCAUCCAUCCACAUCAUUAGUAUUUGAACUUGUCUUAUCUUUCUCUUUCUCUAUCAUUCUCUUUCACUCUCUCCCUUUUUCUCCCUCCAUCUCAUGUCCCAUUAGCUGUUUGUUACCUUUGCUGGAUUCCUCAAUAGGUCUGAGUUCAUGUCUACCCAAUAAU